AUGGCCUCAUGUUCAGAGUUUUCCCAGAAGUCCUGUGAAGAAUGCUUAAAAAAUGUUUCGUGCCUUUGGUGUUACACCAACAACACUUGUAUUGAUUACCCUGUAAGAAGCAUUCUUCCACCAUCUUCCUUAUGUUCCCUCUCAAAUGCUCGAUGGGGAGUUUGUUGGAUAAACUUUGAGGCUUUAAUUAUUGCCAUAGCUGUAGUAGCUGGGCUCAUUCUCGUGUCCAUAGCAGUCUGUUGCUGUUACUGCUGUUACUGCAGAAGGCGUUCCAGGAGUGGACCAGAUGAAGAAGAAGAACGGCUAGCUAGAAAGAGAGAGGAACGAAGAUUACAGUCUCUUCAGAGGAAACAUGAAAGAAAACUGAAGCAUGAUGAAAUACGCAAGAAGUAUG